GAAAGUAUAUAGAAAUAUAUAUAUUUAUAUUGAUAUUUGGCUAUAUUGUUAUUGUGUUUUUCAAAUUUCGUGUGUAAACCCAUAGCCCCGAAAUUCACCAUUCAAAAAAUGUCCAUCAUACUCGAUGUUGUCCAGCAAUAUGUGUUGGAGAAGGCCUGCGACUUGACCUGCGAGGCAGCCUUAACGGUGCUAAGAAUAUGGACAGGCCCAAAGUUAAAGGAGAAGGGAGAGCAGGAUAAGCCCAAGCUGUGGCAGGCUAAGAAGCCAGUGAUAGUAGCAGUACCAGAGCCAGAACCAGAACCUGUGGCUUUGUUACCUGCCCAGCCCAGUUGCCAGAAGCUAACAAGAGCCCUCAAGCGUUUGGAACGCGAUGUUCCACGCUUUAACAGCGGCUCCAUUGAUCCUCCUCAGUGCUCCUGCAUGCGGUUGUGCCGCGACAGCUACUUCUCUUAAAACCAGAUUGGAUCUCAUUUCACUUACAAAGGUUACCCACGAAACGGAAUCACAGAAACACCCAACAAUAAAGCCUGAAUUAGUUUAAAAACAA